AUGGGUUCUUCUAAUGUCAAUCUUACAAACUCUGUUGAUCUUAACAAUCCUGUUGAGGAAAGUCCUUCAAUAGAUCUUGUAAAAGGAACUAAUGAUAGAUGUGCUAUUUCGAAAUUCUCAUUGAUUGGAAGACUUGAUUUAGUUCGAUUGAAAUUUUCUGAAUCUGUUUUGGAUCUGAAAAAUCAGUGGAAACUUGAAGGUCAAUGCAAAAUAAUUCCAUUAGGAAAAGGAUUCUUCACAAUCAAACUUGAUAAUGAGAAGGAUAAGGGUUAUAUUAAAGCUGGUAAAUGGGAAGUUCGUCAUCAGGAAUUAUGGACUAGAAAUUGGAUUCCUAAUUUUCGUCCAGAAAAUCAUCGUACUUCUUAUGCAAAUAUUUGGGUACAUCUUCCAGGAUUAAGCUUAGAGUAUUGGGAUGAACAAACUUUAUUCAUUAUCUGCAAUGCUUUGGGUACUCCAUUUAAAGUGGAUGAAGCUACAUUAAACGUUAAAAGUGGUUUAUAUGCAAGUGUCUUAGUAAAUAUUGAUUUAGCAAAGAAGGUGCCAAAUAAACUUUGGAUCAAAAUAAAGUUUGGAGGUUUUAUGCAAGAUGUUUUACUUACCAAUCUACCUAAAUUCUGUCACAACUGCAAAAUUGUAGGUCAUUUUUAA